AUGUGCGCUCAACCGUCUUCGGUGUCAUCCGUCCAUUCGACGCAUAAUUCGUCGCUAGAAAUGGCAAGUGGAGCGGGACCUUCAAGUCAAGCUCCAUAUGCAAGCCUUGCACCGCUUUCGGUAAACGCAUCAACUGUCCAUUCUGAUCCCAGCACGCCCUUAAGGCCAUCGUGUCAAGGUUGUCAGCAACAACAGCAGCAAAUGGCUGCGAUGCAUUCGAUGUCGUUUUCAACAAAUCCUUACGCAAGUAUGACCACGGCUACGCAUCCGCAACCAUACUCGGCUUACCCGGCCGCCUUCGACGCAUUUCGAUCGACUGCUCCUGCUGGAUUUGCAAGGUGCGAAUCCGUUACUGGCAACGUUGGUACCGCCCACUAUUUGUGCUGCCAAGGGACCAGCAAUGGGCUCAAUGAUGCCAACAAACCCUGCCGCUUUUCCGUAUCCGUAUCCCAACGGUAUGGCCUCCAGUGGAACGUCCGAUCCAGUCAACGCGCAGGAGCAUGGCCGCGGUAUCCGCAAGGAAUGGCGCCGUUCGGAGGCGCUGCUGGCAACCCGGCAGCAUUUCCGGUAGGCCCGUCUGCAACGGAGUUCAUGUUCAAUUCGGCCGCAGCUGGUUAUUUUAGCAACGGUUCGUAUCCUUUUCAACAUAGCUAA